UAAUCCCGAGCCCAACUGCUCUGCCAAGAAUUUCUUGGCAUCAAGCCGCUCACAUAUUACCCAAUCUCCGCUGAGCCGCCUCUUCGGUGCAGCAUCACAUCUCAGUCAGCAGAAGGUCUCGCCCAUUCCCAGCUACCAGACCGUCCCGCCAGUGCGCCACCAGAAGACGGGAAAAUUCAAGGCAGCAGGCAAGCGCCGAAGUCGCCUCACCAUCACGGCGGCAAGCACCGCCCGACCAGACCCAGCGAUCUUCAUGAGAUCCUUAUGGACCAGAAGGGGAAGUUCGCCGAGAAGAAGGAGCACUUCAUGCAAAAGGCAAAACCCGAAGGGGGCUUUGACCCAACUCCGCUCCCAGACGCUCCUCCAGGGUACACACUCAAGUUCAUGUUUCACCAGGCUACCAACCUGCCCAUUGGCGAUCUCCAUCUCAAGUCCUCAGACCCCUAUCUCCACGCUACGCUGAUUGCCGACGUGCCGAGGAGACAUAAUGAAGACCCAUUGCUCACCCGCCGAACCCGGACAAUUAGGAGGACGACUGAGCCCGCGUGGGAAGAGGAGUGGGUAGUGGCCAAUGUGCCCUCGUCAGGGUUCUCGCUGAAGUGUCGGCUGUACGACGAGGACUGGCCAGACCACGAUGACCGCCUCGGCAAUGUCACCAUCCGAGUCCCGUUCUUGGAUGAGAACUGGGGUGGCCUGGACCGUGUAUUCCUGGUUAAGAAGCGCUCUGGCAGCAAACGGGCCUACUUCAUCAGGGGCGCGACUGCUUUGCUCUGCGGAGAUGGUUCCAUCACUCCACGACUGCACAUCAGCAUCAAGGUGCUGGGGCAGUCGGAUCCGCCGCACGCGCAGAUGUAUACAGUCGGACCCACGACUUUCGUGAAGCAUUACAGUCCUAUGAUUGGGCGGUUGACAGGCGUCAAGGUGACCAAGGACGAGCAGGGGAAUGAAGCAGGCUCUCCAUCAGAUAAGCAGGAUGACCCUCAGACGAAGAAAUACGAUUUCCAGGCAAACGAGAUCCAGCUCUCUGGUCCUGUCCCGCCCAAACUCUACCACCGUUACGUGGAAUUCCGUCCCAUGAUCGGCCGCAUGUUCUCGUCGCGCGGCAUCCGGGGCCGAAUCCUCCACAAGGUCCUCCACAAGCAGCACAACCGCAUCUACAACUACGACUCGAGUACCGAGUACGGCACCUUCGCGCCGUGUAGCGAGGAAGCAUCGUUACAGUUUCUCCGCAUGGCCCACUUCGACGAAGGCGGCCGCGUGUUUACUUAUGUCAUUACCCUCGACGGCAUGAUGCGCUUCACCGAGACAGGCAAGGAAUUCGGCAUCGACCUGCUGAGCAAGCACACCAUGCACUCGGACGUAGCCACGUAUGUCGCCUGCGCAGGCGAGUUCUUCAUCCGCAGGCUCGCUCGCCCCGUCCAUGACCACAAUCACCAUUCCCAUCGCUCCCACACAUCCGAAGAAUCUUCCUCCUCAGGGAGUCAUGGCCAUUCUACCCGUGAGAACAAAAAGCGUAUCAACGCAGAUAAUGACGACCGUCACCACCACGACCACGACCACGAUGACCAACCUCUAACCCACCCCCCGCACCAUCCUCCCGGGGGACCACCCUCUUCCUCCCCGCCCCGAAACCCGCGUCUCUACCAGUUGGUCAUCGACAACGACAGCGGCACCUACCGGCCCGACGAAUCCAUCCUCCCGGACCUGCAAGCCUUCCUCUCCCGCAACUUCCCGGGCCUGGACGUUGUGACCAUGCACUGCGCCGACGAGCACCUAGCCGAGAUGAAGCGCACCCAGCGCGAGGCAAAGAAGCGAGAGGGCUUAGGCGCGGUCAGGAUGGUGCUUAACCGGAGCCCGAGUGCCAGUUCGUUUAGUUCAUCGGAUGAGUCCAGGCUCGGGGACCUGGAGCAUACUCAUGAUGAGGACGAGGAGGAUGUGGGCGCCCCGGUGGUGACGAGUAAGAAGGAGAAGGUCUUCGAUGUGAUCAGUGAACCAGGCAGAUGGAGGGAGUUAGUUGGGUUGGGGAAGGAGAAUCUGAACCUUAAGGGAGGGAAGGGGAAGGGGAAGGGGAAGGGAAAGCAGGAGGGUAGUUGAAGGGACCAGGUAUCGAAAUCACGAAAUCGGUAAUGAUUCUGAUGAGAGUCCGGUGUCUGGGUCGGUGUAUGUAAAUGGGGUCCGAGGCAGGAGUCUUUGGAGUUCUCUGGGUAUGUUCUGUAACGAGUUGGACAUUUGGGUUGGCUUAUAACUAAAUCGUAAUGCCAGGAUGGUUUGAAUUGUAAGGAAUCACUUAGAGGUCCACUCAAUCCACGAUUGUCUUGGUAAUUUGCCUGGUAUAGAGCACCGUAGUAUCACCUGCGCAGACUCCCGUCGCUGUUACGCUGAAGCACCGCUCUUAUAGUGUACGGGAUAGUAAGGCAGAAUU